AUGUUCUUCUCAGACGACUUACUCACAAGUAAGAAAGGAUCGCUCAUAGCGACUCUCGGUCCGAGAACAAAGAGGAUCACCCGCAAGCAAUUAUCGAAUAUCGAUCUCACUAGAACAUGUGACCUCAUCGCUCAACCUCCCGAGCCCAUGGCUCUGCGCCUUAGCAGCUGUCUUCUUGUCGGUGUUGCGAGGGUACAUAGUCAGAACUAUGAAGUCUUUUACUCCGACGUGACACAGUUUCACACGGCUUUGAACCGGGCCAUUCUCACGGAUACCACCACCACGGCUUCAGGCGGGACAGGAGGUCUGGACAUUCCUGGCGGGGGAAAGAGCAGGAUCGAGCAGAUCACGUACGCUGGAGUGGAUGUCGCUUGGCAUAGUACCUUCGAUUUCAACUUCUUCGACUUGGAGUGGUGCGUUCCAUCCGGGGGUAAGAAGAGAAGAUCGACGCCCAAACUCUCCUCCCUCGGCACGCAAGAAAGCAAAGAUGUGGAAGAAUCAGGGGAAGAGAGUGAGGAUGACGACGAUGAACCGGAUCCUCCACGAGUGGAUAAACGUCGUAAAGUCACCUCUUCUCCCGGUCUAGGACAGGCUCGUGAUCCUACUCGACUCCGACCAUCGCUAUACGAAGUCCGAUCCAGUCAAAACCUUCUCGCCGAUCUGGAAUUCCCAAUUGGAGAGGAAAUUGACCUGAAUCUCAACUUCGAUGACCCAAGUUUCAGCGCGCCUUCAGGAAGGGGUAUGGUGUUACCCGCUGAUGACGUUGAGAUGGGUCUGGUUGGUGAUCAGCUGAACAUGGAGUUUGGGGAAGAUCUCCAACCCAAUAUGCAUUCUACACCUCCUCCGCAAACGCCCCGACACACCGAUGGUAGUCGGGUAAAAAGUGCACUCAAGGGAAACAACGAAGCCAUUAAUCCCGAUCAAUCGUUAGAGGACAUCGAGCAGGUUCUCGAGGAACGUCCCAAGAAGGCAAAGAUCAUGAGGAAGGUCCGAUUCGACGUGAACUUGGAGCUCGGUCAGGAACAAUUAGAUGCCUGUCGGCGUAACUAUGGGUCGUCCAUGGCGCGAGAGAGGGAGGACCAAAUGCAAAAAGAAGACGAGAGGCGUGACAACAACCUGGCUUUGAUUCUGGCCAACAGUGCGGGUCUCGUACCAAUAUUUUACGAAACAGAAUUACAAGAUUUGUUCAUUAAUAUCGCCAAGGUUGAACGCUUUAAGUGGGAACGAGAUCUCUCUGCCCAAAAGGCGGGCAAGAAGUAUGUUCCUUCCAACGAAAAUCAGGAGAAAGAUCCUGCAGAUGUGUUUGGACCCUAUGGUCAGAUAGGACCGACAACUUUCGAGGAGCCAAGUUAUCAAGAGGUGUAUCACGAUUACGAAGAACCUGUUCAUUCCCGACCUCUUCGACCCCCUAGUCAAGAUUUCGAAGUGGAAGCUGGCAGAAACGUCAGUCAGGGUAGUCAACAAGUCAUUCUUCCAUGGGCGGAUACUUCUUUCAGUGAUGGCGGGAUGCCAUUGGGGGAUACGAGCUUCACCCCUGGAACCAGUAUCCGGAAACUGAGCGUCAUGACGCCUCUCGAACAGCGUAUUCGUCAAGGAUCGAUAGCCAGCGACGCUUCCAAUCCCCGAUACAGACGUUCUUCCUCCGUCUUGGCCGACCGUGGGGUUGAACCCCGAAUGUUGGGUGAGGAUGAUCUGGAGUUGCCUCAAUUGGACCUCGAUGUGGAAGGGCUGGACACUCAGAAGAGUUACUCAGGUUUGCCAGAGGCGUUCAGACCGGAGAUGUUGGCUACUUUGGAGAAACAGUGUCGCGACUUUUUCAGCUUUGUCGAGACUAAGAUGAUCGAAGUCGACUCGGAUCAAAUCACUUUUGGAGAUGUUUCCCCUCGGGGUAUCAAGAAACAUGUCGCAGCGUUGGCUUUCUACAACUGUCUCACUCUUGCCACUAAACACAUCGUCCGUGUGGUGCAAGAAGUCGAUUAUGGCGGUUUUGUCAUCUCCUUCACUGCUCAGGCAUGA